AUGCCCUCCCAAGCCGACGACAAACGCCAGGCCGCCCGCGAAGUUAUUGACAUUCUUCACGAGAUUUCCACCCUUCUUAACACUAAUUUAGACCGCACGGAGCUGUCGCUUUGUGUGUCCUUGAUUGAGAAUGGGGUCAAUCCGGAUGCUCUCGCUGCGGUCAUUAAGGAUCUAAGAAAAGAAGCUGGUGCGUCGCGCGGGUUCGCGACUGAGCAGCAGCAGGGUUUGCCGGAGUGA